CUCUUCGUCCUGGAGAACGGUGCUCUACGGUGUGCGACUUCUUUCUUCCUUUCUCUCUCUCUCUCUAUCUUUCUCUCCCUCUCUCUCUCUCUCUCUCUCUCUGUCUGUCCGUCCGUCCCUCUGUUCCUGUCCUCCUCUCGCAAGAGCCGGCUCCACCGCACCGUCUCGCGUCGUCCUUCAGUGUCAUCGUACAGGUACAAGGUCGCGAGUGUACAAACGGCGACUCGCGUCCCGCCGGCAACGCGGGCCCCGUGCGGGAGUCGAGCUCCGGGUCGCCCCGGACGACACACGCGCGGCUCGCGCGCGAUGAGUGCGAGGAGCUAAGCUGAGCGCGACACCCCCAACAGAGGCGAGAGUAAAUCUACCGGCGGAUUCGCUUCGACUGACGAACAGUAGUCAUGGAUUGGGAGGUGCGAGCGACGUCGCUGCUUCUCCUCCUGGGGAUUCUACUCGCGACGAUACAAAAUGGAAUCGCCGAGCGCAGGAUCGUCUGCUACUACACGAACUGGUCGGUGUACCGGCCUGGCACAGCCAAGUUCUCACCGCAGAACAUCAAUCCGUACCUGUGCACUCACCUGAUCUACGCGUUCGGCGGCUUCACGAAGGACAACGCGCUGAAACCGUUCGACAAGUACCAAGACAUCGAGAAAGGUGGCUACGCGAAGUUCACCGGCCUCAAGACUUACAACAAGAACCUGAAGACGAUGCUGGCCAUCGGCGGCUGGAACGAGGGCUCCAGCCGAUUCUCGCCGAUGGUGGCGGAUCCGGCGAAGCGACGGGAGUUCGUGAAGAACACCGUCAAGUUUCUCAGGCAGAAUCACUUCGACGGCCUCGAUCUCGACUGGGAGUAUCCGGCCUUCAGGGACGGCGGGAAGCCGCGAGAUAAGGACAAUUACGCCAACCUCGUGCAGGAACUUCGCGACGAGUUUGAGCGGGAGGCCUCGAAGACCGGCAGACCGCGCCUGCUGUUGUCGAUGGCGAUGCCGGCCGGCAUCGAGUACAUAGACAAAGGUUACGACGUGCCCAGACUCAACGACUACCUGGACUUCGUCAAUCUGCUGUCCUACGACUAUCACUCGGCGUACGAGCCCGCUGUCAAUCAUCACUCGCCGCUGUACCCGUUGGAAGAGGACAACGAGUACAAUUACGACGCCGAGUUGACUAUCGACCACACGAUCAGCCAUCUCCUGGAGAAAGGCGCGUCCGCGGACAAGAUCGUUCUUGGAAUUCCGACGUAUGGCCGAUCGUACACCUUAUUCAACCAAGACGCGACCGAGCUCGGCUCACCCGCGGACGGCCCGGGCGUCGAAGGAGAGGCCACUCGGGAGAAAGGCUACCUCGCCUAUUACGAGAUUUGUGAGGGCAUAACGGACUCUGACGAGUGGGAGGUCAUCCAACCGAACCCCAACGCCAUGGGACCGUAUGCCUUCAAAGGUGACCAGUGGGUCGGCUACGACGACGAGGACAUUGUCAAGCUGAAGGCUCGCUACGUGAACGAGAAGAAGCUGGGAGGGAUCAUGUUCUGGUCAAUCGACAAUGAUGACUUCCGCGGCAAGUGCCACGGCCGGCCUUACCCGCUGAUUGAGGCAGCCAAGGAGGCUCUGCUCACGAACAACAGAAAUACGAUCGACAAGAUAAAGUCAGUAGACAGCCGGAAGAAGACGCGCAACCAGACUGGCCAGAGCAAUUCCCUCUCUCGCAAGUUUACUUCGAGCAGCCGCAGAAGCACCACCACAGCAGCUCCGACCGCGAGGAAACGCGUAUCCUCCGCAAGAACCAAAUAUCGUACGAUCACAAGGCCGAAAGCGAGCUACGAAGAGCAAGAGGAUCGAGAAGUAUCGAGGAGAUCCUACGAACCGUCCUCGGAUGAGGACAUAGAGGGCAGAAACACCGUCAGGGUGACGGAGAAGAUCGAGCGGCCGAAAAAUCGAAGUCGAAGCAAGACGCGAAGCGGCUCUGCAGGAAGCUCUCGUAGGAAGCAAUCAAGACGCAAAGGACAGACCAAGGCCGACGACGGCGAGUCUUUGAGCAACAAGCUAACGACUCCCGAACCACCGACCACUCCUGACCCAGGAACUGACUUCAAGUGCGAAGACGAAGGCUUCUUCUCGCAUCCCCGAGAUUGCAAGAAGUAUUUCUGGUGUCUGGAUAGUGGUCCAGGCGGGCUAGGCGUGGUUGCGCAUCAGUUUACCUGUCCCUCAGGCUUGGUAUUCAACAAGGCGGCGGACUCCUGCGAUUACCCGCGCAACGUCAUUUGCCCCAAGUCGAAGACGUCCGUCGUCUCGACCACCAGGUCACCCAUUACGGCCGCGACCAGCCGAACAACUUACUUGCACAGCACGACAACCGCGACAGCGGAAGCGGAGGAGGAGCAAGAGGAAGAGUAUUCGGAGGAAGAUUACGAGGAUGACGAGGGUGAGAUCGAAGAGAGCGAAGAAAAGGAGGUGAAGGAGGAGCCGAGAAGCACCACGACGGCGAAGCCGCUCGUGUAUAAAACGCUCACUAGAAACAGACUGAGUACGACCACAACAUCGAGACCGAGCGAGCAGGAAAAAGCUGUCAAUAACGAGGAUGAGGAGGAUCCACGGGUGAUCAAGGAGCUGAUCGAUCUUAUCAAGAAAGCAGGCGGAAUAGAACAGCUGGAGAAACAGUUGUUGCUUCAAGAGAAGAACUCCGAUACGACGUCGGGCAGCGUGAGCGUCACUCCGGCUGCGAUCAGUCGCAGUUUGUACGAACGCGUGUUGAAUCGCCAAGCGAACAAAAUCGCCAGUCAACGACCGGUACUGUCGUCUUCGGAGACCAGCUACGUGAAUGGACCGGGGAGAGCGCAGUUCGAAGGCUUGGACGAUAUCCCCGAAGUGAAGAGUCUCAGACGGUCGCAGAAGCAUCAGUACGUCACCAUCGAGAGGCCCAAGUCGAACAGGAAAGAAUCUACGUUAGGAAACGAAGACAACGACGACGAGGUGGAAGAGGAAGAGGACGAUAACGCCGAGACAGCUUUCACCGAAGAGCAGAGCGUCAGUAAUCCAUUAGAGGGUAGCUCGUCCACUCAACGAGUGACACCGAAUUAUGUGAACAUCCGACGCGCACGACCUUCCACCACAACGUCCAGGAACGAGAACGACGUGGGAGAGAAGGAAGCGGAAGUCGAGGAGGGAAGACCGACUCGUAGACGACGACCCUCCUUCUUUAGCAAGCAACAGGACAAUGAGGCAAACUCUGAAACGUCCAAACCCUCCCGCGUUCAAGGCUCAGUUUUCAGGAAUUCAGAGAAAGAUGACGGUUCGGAAGACGCGGAUCAAUCGGCGGAGAAGGAUGACGGCUCGUCAACGACAAAAUCUAGGUACGUCAGCAUACAAAGAUUCCGCAGCACCACUUCCAAAAUCCCCGAGAACUUACCCAGCGUGAUAACAUCGUUAUCGAAGCCUACAAGUGAGACCACUGCAGCUACGAGAGCAGAAGAAUACCCCGAAGUGUCCAGUACUCCAGCCAGUACGACGACCUCGUCAUCUACAACUGUCACACCGACCACCUCGACGUCUACCGAAGUCAUCACCGUCAUCAGCGUCGAGUCAUCAGACAACCCGUCGUCGAGCGUCAGUCCAGCGAUCGACGCUGCAAUCUAUUCCACCACCACGGAACCGGUGAAGCUGGUGGAAGACUCUGCGACGGAGAUCCUGCUGACUACUGUGCCAGCCAGCAGUAGCACGAGCCAGUUGGCGACCACGACCACAGCGAGCAGAUCGACGAUCGCUGCGGUGUCGCAACCGCGGCCGUUCGGCUUUACCAGGCGAAGACCCGGCGGCUCGUCCGAGACGACGACCCCGUCGAGCAACCAAGCGAGACCCAAGAUCGCCGAUUCGGAAGCUAUCAGGCUGCCGACCCUGAAGGAGCUGAUCGGCUAUCCGACGACCUACGAUUUUACCGUCACGGCGCCGUCUGUGCUCUCGCACUUGCCGCGUCUCGACGUGGACAACGACAUUAGUCGGCAGACCGUCGAGGAGUCCGAGGUCGUCGGCUCGAGCGACUUGUCGGGUCUGUCGAGCGAGAGAGUGCUUGCCGAAGAGACCGGCAACUCGUGGUUGCGGCAAGCCUCCGACAGCAAGGCGAGGCCUCGCGCUACGAAGAGGGAAAAUGUCCCCGAAGAACAAGCAUCAGUCACGAAUGCUGUUCAGGAGGAAGAGAACAAACGAGAGCGGUCUUCGACCGCGAUCUAUCUGAAGCCGACGACGAUGCGCGGCAUUCCCCUCGCGAGUCUGACCCCGAGCCCGGUGACACACGGCUUUUACGUCACCAAGAGCGACAAUGACCUGCCAUCGACCGUGUGGACGGAAAGUCUCACGUCGAUUGAUGGUCCCACGGGAGAACAGUCCGGGACCACUUCGAUGGCUGAUAUUCCCACGACCUACGAGGUCUCCACCGUCCCUCAUAACGAUCAGCACGAGCCGGAAUCGAGCACCGUCGACUACCUGAACGACAUCGUCAACGACGAGGAGGACGAGGAAGACGCUCGUGGAACGAACUUCACCACCUUCAGCUCCCCGACUAUUUCUUCGGAGGAGUCCGCAGAGAACAGCGCAGAUUACGAAGAGUCUGAAGAAGUGAUUCAGGCCGGAGACGGUGUCGCGUUGAAGAGAGGCAAAUCACUGCGCCAUUUCGGCCGAGGCGCCACGACUCUUCUCAACGCCCCCGUCGCCUCGCCGACGACGCCCACGAGGCGAGCUAUUGCUCUCGCUGUCAGCAGAUAUAACGACCUCACCACCCCCCUGUGGACCGGGAGACGCAUAGUGGGCAAGAAACGUGUCAGGACCACCGUCUCGCCCAUCAAAGACGCCAUUAAGCGAACCGAAGGCGGCUUCGUACAUAGUACGGCGAGUGUCUUCGGGACUGCUUCUCCCGCGAUCCCCUCGAUGUCGAUCGCGACGACAUGGAAACUUGGUGCGAUCCCGACGACUUCUACGGUCGCGCUCGAACGCGCGACAUCCCCCGAAACUUCGAAUGUGUAUGAUCAGCCCACAGACUCUGCCAACAGAGAGACCGAAAACUCGACAAGUCGCACGGCCACGGAGACGACGAUGACGCUGACUACCGAGAGCGACUUCCCGGUCGCGAACAUGUCACCGGAUGACCUCGUCGAAUACCUCGUGUCCAAGGCCACGAGCGACUCUGCGAGCGUAACGACGAUCGUCGCAGGCGACACUUCCGUGACCGUGGAAUCUCCGACCAAGAACGACUCAAGCACAACGACGUCCGCCGGAGAAGAAGACAGCUUCGCGGUCAUGAACUACACUAUGAUUCCGACGAUCACUGUCGACGCAGCCGCGGACGAAACCACCGCUGCUACGAAUCACCUGACAGCUACGACUCCGCCUGCAAAUACGCGCGCGAUGGAACCCGAUUCCGUUAUCGCCACAGUCGCGAUAACCACCGAUCACGUGGUCACAGUUAGAAACGGCUCUGCGGAUGAUCACAUGGCCGUGCUUCCGGAGACUACCGUCGAUACCAGCGGCUCUGAACUCACGACUACUGUCGAAACCGCGGCUGCCGAAGCUGAAGUCACUCCCACGGUUGCCAAUCACUUCACGGAGGAACAGACGACGGCGCCAAUUCCGGAGACUACCACCUGGACGAUGACACCGACUGAGAUUGUGACUGCGUCCGCGACAGAUGCAGACACGACAAUGACGGACGCGGUAAUCGUGACUGAGUCCAUCAGGGUAACCAUUCCGGCGAUCAGCGAUCGCCCGGACGCAGUCACGACGCCUGCAAGCGCGUCCAUAGUUGAUUUCGCGAUUGCCGACAAUUUGUCCACCGAUUCUGAGAAUCCUCUGGAGACUUCGUCUCAAGUUUCUGUUAUAAACGCGGACCUGACUACCAUGAGAUCGAUCUCAACAACCACAGCGACACUCUCCGCGACCGAAUCGUCCACGAUAACUUUCGUAGCUCCGACGGCUCGUAACAUCGAUGCUAAUGUCGAAGCACCAGCCGCCACAGAGAUCUUGGAGUCCACACACCCUACUGAGACUUCUAUGUUUGAACCCUUCCCAACAUUAGCCGUAACGAUGAUCGCGAAAUCCUUCGCUUCUACCGAUCCCGAAACGCUUUUCACUCAGACCGAUGAAACUCCCACGACGGUCACUCAGAUUUCUUCGACGCUUUUCCCGGUUGCCAACACGACGACUAUGGCUCUCGAAGAGUCCACGAUUCUUCCGUCGACUCCUGCAAUCUCUCAUGAAUCGAUCGCGACAAAUACGAUACUUGAAACAACCGAGGAAAGCGCGUAUGAAACGAGUUCCGCGAGAACGACGAACAAAGAGUUCACCAGGUCGGUCUUAAAGACGAUUCCUGAAGAAGUAACCGCGAGACCAGCGCGAAGUCGAACGAGAGGCCAAACGAGAUUCAACCAAACCGACAAGACCUCUACGACGGUUACUCAGACUUCUUCGACAUCCUUUCCAGUUGCCGACACGGUGAUUGUAGCUGUCGAAGAGUCUACGAUUCUUCCGUCGACUCCUGCAAUCUCUCAUGAGUCGAUCGCGACAAAUACGAUACUUGAAACAACCGAGGAAAGCGCGUAUGAAACGAGUUCCGCGAGAACGACGAACAAAGAGUUCACCAGGUCGGUCUUAAAGACGAUUCCUGAAGAAGCAACCGCGAGACCAGCGCGAAGUCGAACGAGAGGCCAAACGAGAUUCAACCAAACCGACAAGACCUCUACGACGGUUACUCAGACUUCUUCGACAUCCUUUCCAGUUGCCGACACGGUGAUUGUAGCUGUCGAAGAGUCUACGAUUCUUCCGUCGACUCCUGCAAUCUCUCAUGAGUCGAUCGCGACAAAUACGAUACUUGAAACAACCGAGGAAAGCGCGUAUGAAACGAGUUCCGCGAGAACGACGAACAAAGAGUUCACCAGGUCGGUCUUAAAGACGAUUCCUGAAGAAGCAACUCCGAGACCAGCGCGAAGUCGAACGAGAAGCCAAACGAGAUUCAACCAAACCGACAAGACCUCUACGACGGUUAUUCAGACUUCUUCGACAUCCUUUCCAGUUGCCGACACGGUGACUGUAGCUGUCGAAGAGUCUACGAUUCUUCCGUCGACUCCUGCGAUCUCUCAUGAAUCGAUCGCGACAAAUACGAUACUUGAAACAACUGAGGAAAGUGCGUAUGAAACGAGUUCCGCGAGAACGACGAGCAAAGAGCCUACCAAAUCGGUCUCAAAGACGAUUCCUGAAGAAGCAACCGCGAGACCAGCGCGAAAUCGAACGAGAGGCCAAACGAGAUUCAACCAAACCGACAAGACCUCUACGACGGUUAUUCAGACUUCUUCGACAUCCUUUCCAGUUGCCGACACGGUGAUUGUAGCUGUCGAAGAGUCUACGAUUCUUCCGUCGACUCCUGCGAUCUCUCAUGAAUCGAUCGCGACAAAUACGAUACUUGAAACAACUGAGGAAAGUGCGUAUGAAACGAGUUCCGCGAGAACGACGAGCAAAGAGCCUACCAAAUCGGUCUCAAAGACGAUUCCUGAAGAAGCAACCGCGGGACCAGCGCGAAGUCGAACGAGAGGUCAAACAAGAUUCAGCCAAACCGACAAAACCUCUACGACGGUUACCCAGACUUCUUCGAUGCUCUUCCCGAUUGCCAACACGGCGACUGUGGCUCUCGAAGUAUCCACGAUUCUUCCAUCGACUCCUGCGAUCUCUCAUGAAUCGAUCGCGACAAAUACGAUACUUGAAACAACUGAGGAAAGCGCGUAUGAAACGAGUUCCGCGAGAACGACGAGCAAAGAGCCUACCAAAUCGGUCUUAAAGACGAUUCCUGAAGAAGCAACCGCUGGACCAGCGCGAAGUCGAAUGAGAAAUCAAACGAGAUUCACCCAAACCGACAAAACCUCCACGACAGUCACCCAGACUUCUUCGAUGCUCUUCCCGAUUGCCAACACGGCGACUGUGGCUCUCGAAGUAUCCACGAUUCUUCCAUCGACUCCUGCGACCUUCCACGAGUCGAUCGCGACAAAUACGAUACUUGAAACGACUGAGAAAAGCACGUAUAAGACGAGCGAAGAGCCCACCAGGCCAGUCCUGAAAACGACUUCCCAGGAAGCAACCGCAAGAGCCGCGCCAAAUCGAACGAGAGGUCGGACAAGAUCUGAACUAGCCGCGAUCGGUCACCAGUUCGGCCGAAGAACCGUUGCACGAACCGUUGUUCAUCGUCGUGUUAUAAAACGGCCAACCGAUGAAGACAUCGAGCCGUCCACGACGAAGCAGCCGAUCAGGCAGUAUCCUCGACGUCGAAUCACGGUGUAUCGUGGCCGACCACGAAGACCGACCUACAGUCAUCCCUCAAGCGUAUUCGAGAAGAAUCAAAGAAGAAGAGUCGUCCAGAAGAGACUACGAGGUAGCUUCCAAAUGCUCAACAGCACCGCCAGAUCCGACGAGAACGUUGUCGAUGUUCGGGACAGCUCUGAAGAACGCGUUACGCAUAAUCGAGUGGAAGAUAUGGGCAGAAGAAAGAAAAUAGUCUUAAAGAGAGUGAGGGAAAGAGAAGAAACGAGUGCUUCACCGGCGGAAGAAACGAUGGUGCUUGGAGAAUCGUCCAAUUUGACGAAAGACUCAGAGCUUGGCGCUCAUCCUGAAGACGGAAAGAUGGGAAGAAGAAGGAAAAUUAUAGUGAAAAGAAUAAAGUCUCAAGCCGAAGAAGGAAACUUGAAGAAGGAAGAAACCGGUAACGAUAUUGAUUCUUCCACUGGAAGUCCGCCAGACGAAUCGCAAAGCGAUCUUCGGGGCGAUCUUAUUAAAGCAGAGAGGACGAGGAGGAAGAUGAGAGUCGUACUGAAGAGACUCAAGUCCAUGUCUGAGGAGGGACGAACGGAAUCCGAUUCCAGCGACGAGAAUCGUACACACACUCAUCUGACCAAUCAUCGCGCCAGCAACAGCUUUACCGAAGACGGAAACGCAAAAAGAAGAGCGAGAGUUGUGCUGAAGAGUGUCAGACCUGUCUCCAAAGAGAGCAACGCGACCGAGAAAGCAAGCAAAGCUGGCACCGACGACGAGACUCUUCAGGGCGGCUUCUCGAGCGGUGCUCGCGCCGGCAAGAGCCUCUUCGGCGAGAGUACAGGCAGAAUAAUGCGAGUCAUCCUGAAGAGCGUCCGAGCCAAGUCCGAGAGAGAGGAGUCCGCAGCGAGCGAAGAAGCAAACGAAGAUUCCGAGUCUAGCGACGAUGAUCUUCAAGGCAACUUCUCGAACAAUCUUUACGUGAGCGACGAUCAUCCCGACGUCGAUGAGACGAAGACGACGAAAUCUGAACCAGGAGAGGAAGAAGUGGCGACGAGGGGUGAGCAGCUGGCGGAGGCGACGUCUGCUCGGGUCGAGGAGGACACUGAUCGGCCCUCACACGAGGCAAGUACCUGGAAGAACGACGCUGUCGUAUCCGUAAGUCGCAAAUCAACCAUCGGGCGCUCCACCAGGCAGAGGGUACCAACUACACACUCCACUACGCUCCCUCCGGUAACCAACACCCUGUCUAAUACAGCGACCGUAUACCGAAGAAGCAGGCCCUUCGCGAGCAGCGCAUUGUCUCCGAGGAUAGAUGUUGUCGAUCCGUACGAGGUCACCGAGUCGUCGUACGUGCGAUCCGCCGGAGUCGAGAUCGAUCAAAGAGCGGACGUGUCCGAUCAGAGCACCCGCGCCCAAGAACUCGCGGUAACGCUGGCGGACCCACCAUCCUCCUCCUCAUCGUCGUCGGACACUGGUCGCACACCGUUAAGGGACGCCGUAAGGCGCAAGAUAAGCACCACCAUAGCACCUAGAAUCGAUCCUACUCCGGCGAGUAGGACGGUUUCAAGGUACGACGGCGUCUCGAGGAGCCGGCAAGGGUCCAAGACGAAGGACAAGCCUACGGUGAAUGCGACCGCGAGGCCCAGGAGACCGCCGGUCGUCGACUACGAUUAUUAUGAGGACGAGGUGCCGAUUGUCGCCGGCAAGUCCUUCCUUGACAGCAAACUCUUCCUCACGAGCAAAGGCACGAUACGCUGCCUUGACCAGGGUAACUUUCCGCACCCGUACUCGUGCAAGAAGUUCAUCACCUGCGCUCGUAUGGUGAACGGCCAGGUGAUCGGGACUGAAUAUACCUGUCCAGCCAAAUUGUCCUUCGAUCCGGUCGGCGGUAUCUGCAAUUGGUCCGCCGGUCUCGGCUGCAAGGACUGACCGCGGUUACCUAGGCUACUCGACAGUCGUGUCUUCAUACAUACACUUCGAGCGUGAGAGAUUUACCGGAGGACCGGUCGCACCGAUCGCGUAGUUUUCGUUCAUCGACGAGAUCAAAAUCCUGACUAUACUCGAGCGGCACAUUCUCUUGGCUCAUUUCCGCCACUCGCGCGGGAAACAUCCCCGGCGAAGCACACGCGGUUGUCGAGUAGUCGAGAUCACCGUCGCGAGACGUUCUUCUGCGAAAGUCUCGGACCCUUCUGGCGAGAGAUCGAUUCGCACAAAUUCUACCUUAACUCACCGCCUUUUUCGUCGAGGUUUAUUAUUUUAGGCUUCAACUCCACCGUCGUUAAUCAUUCGCGUGGCAUAACUUUGGGUUAUUCUUUCGGGGAGACUCGACAAGCGAUCAACGAAGAGACCGUAUCUUCCCUGUUCUCUUCUACCGUCCCGAAAACGAUCUUUUCACCCAUCCGAACAUCUCUAUGGUCCGACGGGUGCAACGCUGCAGUCCAAGAUAAAGGCGCGACAAUGAGUUUUUUAACAUUAUUACUUCCCUAAUGCAACGAUAGUUUUGUCCUUGAGAAAGUAACCCAAAAAUUGGCCCGUUUUGGGGCCCUCGAUUUUUUAAGUAAAUCGCAUGUCGUUACCUUAUAAUGAGGUAUGAAUCCUCACAAAUUUUUAUCUUAAGGUGACAAUUAGUUUCUGAGAUAAAGAGGGUCAAAGUUCAACAGCGAUAAAGCUUAUGUUCUUCAAUGCACAAUGUUUUUGACACUUUGAAAACUCAAGAUAACGUAUCCUAAGAUUUUUUGAGUUGCCAAUUACGAAUCUAGAGUCAAAUUUCUUCAAAAAAAAAGAAAUUCAAGAUGUCUGAUCCAAUGUGGCGGACCUUAUCACAAAAAAUGAUACUUAUAUUGUGAGAUCCAUUUUAAUGGCACAGUAUUAUCUAUCUUGAGGUUAUUUUCUACAAGUCGAACUUCAAGUCAAAGAGAAAUUUAAAAUGACUGAUCCAAUAUGGCGGACCUUAUCACAAAAAGUACAUUUAAAUAUUAUGGAGUUUGGUUUAAUGGUUCAAGAAUAUUUAUCCUGGAUUUUUUCAGGCGCUGAUGGCUAGUGUCAAGUUAGAUUUUAGAAAUUCAAAAUAGCUGAUCCAAUAUGGCAGACUGUUGAUGAAAAAAUGAUUUUCUUAUCUUGAGCCAUUAAACCAAACAUCAUAAUAAUUGAAUAUAUUUUUUAAAUGAGGUCCGCCAUAUCAGAUCAGCCAUCUUGAAUUUUUUUUAGAUUCGUAAUUGCGAUCCAAAAAAUCUUAGGUUAUCUUAGGACGUUAUCUUGAGUUUUCAAAGUAUCAAGAACACUGAACGCUUCGAAGAACAUGAGCUUUAUCGCUGAUGAACUUUGACUCUCUCUCUAUCUCAGAAACCAAUUGUCAUCUCAAGAUAGAAAUUAGAAAGGAUCCAUACCUCAUUAUAAGGUAACAUUUGGCAUAUGAUUUAUUUAAAAAAUUAAGAGCUCCAAAACGAGCUAAAAAAACCUUUUUUGGGUCACUCUUUCUCUUCGAUACGGGCUCUUCGUGAGAGCCGAUCGCUGGUACGGUCGCUGGUACCCUACAAAGCGGGCUAUUUUUCCGGCUGAUUAUAUUCCAACGAUACAUGAAACUUCUUCUUGUACGAUCGUGUAAUAGCCAUAUAAACGAGCGAACACGCGCAUUGCGGUGAUAUUAUCGUUAAAGUCUCUAUAUGUAAAUAUUACAUAGUGUUACAUAGUGUAAAUAGCGUGUAAGGUAACGUUCUUCUCUUUCUUCUCGCGCGUGGCGUACCGGCGAGCGCCAGCUCGCUUGUAUAAAAUUCGCUUUCGCAGUGCGAUCGUCAAUAAAGCCUCUUCUCUCGAAUUUCGCGCGAGAUACGCGCACGCGACGAGCAAUACAAAUAAACACUUUACAUAAGAAAGCUCCGCUGUGUGAGAACGUAGCGUAACAUUCGACUCGAUUCCAUCGAGUCCGCAUGUAUCGGAGAUUUUUGUACUUGGAAUAAAAGCAUCGUUUAACCAG